GUUGUAGUUCAAGUAAAUCUGUGACCAUCUCUUCUUCCCCCGAAGGCAGCCGAUAGGCGACACGAUGUCACGCGCGGCUGUUCGUCUGUGUAAAAUGAGAAUCAACAAAGGGGGAUUCGUUGACUUGUGACCGUUAAUUCAGCGCCAUUCGGACCCCACAAAGUUCGCUAUGAGUUCGAAGACACGACGUCGGUCCCGCUCCAGGUCCAAAAGCCGGGACCGGGAGCGGCGGAACCGGUCCAGAGUGAGCCGGUCUCGAUCCCCAGAGGAGAGAAGAGGCCGCAGUCGGUCUUUGGACGCGAAGAGAACCGCUCGUGGUCGGGCACGGUCCGUCAGCAGGGACUCCAGCGAUGGCUCUCCCUCCAGUCGUCGGCCUCAACACAGGGACCGUCCGGGUUCCAGAAGCGGCUCCGAGGGCGACAGGAGGCAGGGACCACACCGCCCCAGGAACGAGUCGAGGGGUCGAUCGUCCAGUUCAGAUUCAGAUGAUCCCAAAUUGAGAAGGAGAAAGGAAAUGGAGAUCCGGAGGGGAGCAUCUCGGGAGAGGACAAGGAGAAGGUCCCCAUCCAGCUCCGACUUGGAAGCAGGAAACAGUGGUAGAGAAAGAAGAAGACAGAGAAGUUCUGACAGAAGUAGCCCAGCCAGAGACGGACAGAGGAUGGAGCGAGAUAGAGAGAGGUGGAGGAGCAGCAGCAGAGACAGGGAAAGAAAAAGGGAGAGAGAUCAAAGCCAAGAGCAAAGGAAGAGGAGUGAAGACCAGGAGCAAGGGAAGAGUGAAAGAAGCAGAGAGAGUGCCGUCAGAGACAGAGCAAGGAAGCGCUCCAGCUCACCCGAGUCGUCCGACAGCUCGGGGUCUGAUCGCGGCGGCCGCGUGAUUAAAGAAAAGGAGGAGAGGGAAAAAAAGAAGGACAUGAUGAAAGCUCUGGAGACACCAGAGGAGAAGAGGGCCAGAAGACUGGCAAAGAAGGAAACAAAGGAGAAGAAAAGGAGAGAGAAGAUGGGCUGGAGUGAGGAGUACAUGGGCUACACCAAUGCAGACAAUCCCUUUGGUGACAACAACUUAUUAGGCACAUUCAAAUGGCAGAAGGCAUUGGAUAAGAAAGGCAUCGGUCACCUCGGAGAGAAGGAUCUCAAAGAAAGGAACAAAUGUAUUCAGGAGGAGAACCGCAGGGAGCUGCAGAAGGUGAAACAACUUCGUCUGGAGCGUGAGCGAGAGAAAGCCAUGAGAGAGACAGAGCUGGAGAUGCUGCAGAGAGAGAAAGAGGCGGAGCAUUUCAAGACCUGGGCCGAACAGGAAGACAACUUCCAUUUGCACCAGGCCAAACUACGGUCCAAGAUUCGAAUUCGUGACGGUCGUGCCAAGCCCAUUGACCUUUUGGCGAAGUACAUCAGUGCGGAGGAUGACGAUCUUGCUGUGGAGAUGCAUGAACCAUAUACCUUCCUCAAUGGGCUCACAGUCACCGACAUGGAUGACCUGCUCGAGGACAUUAAGGUGUAUAUGGAGUUGGAGCAAGGCAAGAACGUUGACUUCUGGAGAGACAUGACGACCAUCACUGAGGACGAGAUCAGCAAACUGAGAAAGCUGGAGGCCUCUGGGAAAGGACCAGGUGACCGCCGUGAGGGCAUCAACACAGCUGUGAGCACUGAUGUGCAGAUAGUGUUCAAAGGAAAGACGUACAGCCAGUUGCAGGCUCUGCAUCUGAACAUUGAGACAAAGAUUCGGGCCGGAGGAUCCAACCUUGAUAUCGGUUACUGGGAGAGUCUGCUGCAGCAAGUCAGAGUGUACAUGGCCAGAGCCAGGUUGAGAGAGCGACACCAGGAUGUGCUGCGCCAGAAGCUGUUCAAGCUUAAACAGGAACAAGGAGUGGAAAGUGAACCUUUGUUCCCCAUCAUAAAAGAGGAGCCGCGGACUGAGGAAGAUGACAGGGUGAGAGCGGAAGAAGAAGCUGGACAGUCAUCAUCUUCAUCGUACAGAAAAAGUAAGAACAGAGAAACCGAAGACAGGGAAGAAGAGGCGGGCCCCUCCACGUCCCAGGCAGCGAACCAAGAUGAGCACGGAGGGGAUAAGGGCGAUGGGAAGGAUGAAGGUGAGAAGGGCGAGGUGGUUGAGGCCGUGUUGACGGAGGAAGACCUGAUCCAGCAGAGCCAGGCGGAGUACGACUCGGGCCGUUACAGUCCCCCGCUGCUCACGACUUCUGAGCUGCCGCUGGACACGCACACCAUCACCCCAGAGGAGGACAUUCACAGGCUGGAGCUGGCCCGCAGACAGCUGCAGGUUACAGGUGACGCAAGCGAGAGUGCAGAGGACGCCUUUGUGCGUCGUGCCAGAGAGGGCAUGGGUAACGAUGAGGCCCAGUUCAGUGUGGAGUUCCCGGUCACGGGGAAGAUGUACCUGUGGGCGGACAAGUAUCGCCCCAGGAAGCCGCGGUUCUUCAACCGGGUGCACACGGGCUUCGAGUGGAACAAGUACAACCAGACGCAUUACGACUUCGACAACCCUCCGCCAAAGAUAGUCCAGGGGUACAAGUUCAACAUCUUCUACCCAGACCUGAUCAACAAGCGCUCCACCCCGCAGUACUUCCUCGAGCCCAGUCCAGACAACAGGGACUUUGGGAUUUUAAGAUUCCAUGCGGGCCCUCCGUACGAGGACAUCGCCUUCAAGAUUGUGAACAGGGAGUGGGAGUACUCGCACCGACACGGCUUCCGCUGUCAGUUUGCCAAUGGGAUCUUCCAGCUCUGGUUCCACUUCAAGAGGUACCGCUACAGGAGAUAGAGGCCACGAGCCAGGAUGGACCGAGAGCCUCGUCCCUGGGUGUUAACCAUGCACAGUUUAUUAUUAAGGCUGUAACCACAUUGUUUUAUAGUUUCAGAUAGUCCCACAGAAAAGCAUUUGUUAAAAUGACUGUACCGUUGUCUGAAAAAGUAAAUUGUAAUGUAGUUUGAAAGUUUCACAUUAAAGAUUUUCCCCCUUUUUACUCCA